CGGGCCUCGGCGAGGGCCCCUGAGCUGCACGGACGGCGAAGGGGACGCCAUCCCGAAGCGCACGGGUCUGCGGUCCCACGCGUGGCGAUGGCCCCAAGUGGCUGAGCGCAUGGGCCGGCGAGGACGGAGCCCUGAGCGAGGCGCCGCGAAGGCGAGCUGCUUUCUUCUAAGGUAGGCAGGAAUAAGCCGAGACCAAGUUGAUCUUUGGGAGGAGGAGGAGGCUGGGGAGCGCCCUCCCCACUCCGGAGAGCUGGGGGAGCGAGUUUGCCUUGACCUCGCUGCGUCUUGGGCGCGCUCUGCAGCGCGGACCCGCGGCCCCUCGGGAAAGCGCAGUCGGAAAGUUGGUCGGCGACUGUGCCCUUCGCGCCCUGUUGUGUAACCGCGGCGCCGCCAGCCCGACCGGGAAGUUGCCGUCCGGACUGGCAUCUCGUUUCGGUCGCGGCCCCGGGCAGAUUUCAUGGCCCGCAGCGGACACGGGGCCGGCGUGGGCGAGCCCACGCGCGCCCCCUCUUACGGGCAUCGCCCGCGCCCGCGCGCUUCUCCUCGCCGGCUUCUCCGAUGCUCUCUGUGCCCCUUGCCUCCGCCGCCCUCUCUCCGCCGCUUGCCCCCCGGAGCCACCGCCUAAGUCGGAAAGGAGAGAAUGACCGAGGUGCUGUGGCCAGCGGUCCCCAAUGGGACGGAUUCUGCCUUCCUGGCCGUCCCGGGCUCGCCCUGGGGGAACAGCACCGUGGCCUCCACCGCCGCGGUGGCCGGCUCCUUCAGUUGCGCCCUGACCAAGACCGGCUUCCAGUUCUACUACCUGCCUGCGGUCUACAUCUUGGUGUUCAUCAUCGGCUUCCUGGGCAACAGCGUGGCCAUCUGGAUGUUCGUCUUCCAUAUGAAACCGUGGAGCGGCAUCUCCGUGUACAUGUUCAACUUGGCGCUGGCCGACUUCUUGUACGUGCUGACCCUGCCAGCGCUCAUCUUCUACUACUUCAAUAAGACAGACUGGAUCUUCGGAGAUGCCAUGUGCAAACUGCAGCGGUUCAUCUUCCACGUGAACCUCUACGGCAGCAUCUUGUUCCUGACUUGUAUCAGCGCGCACAGGUACAGCGGCGUGGUGUACCCGCUCAAGUCCCUGGGCAGGCUCAAGAAGAAGAACGCGGUCUACAUCAGCGUGCUGGUGUGGCUCAUCGUGGUGGUGGCCAUCUCCCCCAUUCUCUUCUACUCGGGCACUGGGAUCCGGAAGAACAAAACCAUCACCUGCUAUGACACCACCUCAGAUGAGUACCUGCGAAGCUACUUCAUCUACAGCAUGUGCACGACCGUGGCCAUGUUCUGCGUCCCCUUGGUGCUGAUCCUGGGCUGUUACGGACUAAUUGUGAGAGCUUUGAUUUACAAGGACCUGGACAACUCGCCCUUGAGGAGGAAGUCGAUUUACUUGGUGAUUAUUGUACUGACUGUCUUUGCUGUGUCUUACAUCCCUUUCCAUGUGAUGAAAACGAUGAACUUGAGAGCCCGGCUGGAUUUUCAGACCCCAGGAAUGUGUGCUUUCAAUGACAGGGUAUAUGCCACUUACCAGGUGACAAGAGGUCUGGCCAGUCUCAACAGCUGUGUGGACCCCAUUCUCUAUUUCUUGGCAGGAGACACUUUCAGAAGGAGACUCUCCCGAGCCACCAGGAAGGCUUCCAGAAGGAGCGAGGCAAAUUUGCAAUCCAAGAGUGAAGACAUGACCCUCAAUAUUUUAUCAGAGUUCAAGCAGAAUGGAGAUACCAGCUUGUGAAAGCCAUGAGAAUCCCCAAACACCUCACUUUUGUAACAUGGUAGGAUGCUUAACCAGAGCCAAGUACUUCCCCACCCCUUGAAGUUUCUGUAAGUUGUGAGAAAAUUCAAUAUCCCAAGUAGAUUUUUUUAAAAAAGAAAGGUAGGAACACCCACAUCCACACUUAAUUUGAAUUUGCUUUCAGUCUCCUUUCUUUCUCAUUGUGAAUAUAAUAAAACAGUAUACCUAGUUAGACUUUUCUCUACUGUCUCUAAAAUUCCUGAUGAAAGUGUAUGUGCACAUGAGAAGAGGAGCUAUUCCCAUAUUAAUAAUUUCUUCGAGAAAUGUAGUAGCCACCUGAAAGUUAAAUUUGGAAUUUGUUUAGCCUUUGUUGUUGGUAAUAUUACAUAGUAGGAAGAAAUGGAACUACAUUCUCAAAAACACUUAACGUAGUAUAGCAACAUACUGAACACAAUUCAUUCAGUAUCAGCUGAACAGAUCUCUGAGCCAGAUGUCUUUUUUUUUUUUUUUUUUUGGUCCUAAAAGCAUAGUCAGUAGCUGACUGAGUUUCUUUGGGACUGAAUAGAAAAGAAAAGUCAAUGGAUUUAAAAGCCUAAAAAGGGAAUAUUUUCCAGUUAUUUCUUGAAAACUAUUCAGUACAUGUUGGGUGUUAAACGUUUGAUGGCAGAAGCCUGCCAAUGUUAUCUUACUAGUAAAAUACAUUCAAAAUAAUCAAAAUGCAUGCAUUUUCCUUGUAAAUACCAUGAACUCUUGUAGACUUCCUGUGAUAAAGAGCAUUUACUUGCACCAGUGCUCUGCAAAGCCUGAGGACUUUGUGUUCCAAGACAAGUGCUUAGUCACAUCUGUAAAAACAGUUUUAAAAAUCACAGAUAAAUUGCAGACCAAAGUUUAAGUGAAGUUGAGUAACUGCUAGGAAGUUGAGGGAUGGUGGGCAAGAGAAGUGUAUUUUCAGAAAGGGAGUGGUUGACAGGUACCACAAUAAGUUUGCUCUCAAAUGUAUGAGGCAAUGGGGAGUUGGGAGAAAGCAUUUCAAAAUAAGCACUUUAGUUUAAAUUAAAAUCACCACGGAAAAGAUUCUUUUUUUGUCUCUUCAAAGUGUUUGAAAAACAUUUAAUAAAAUAUCAAGCAGAAAAAGGCAGAAUUUGUAUAGCUUGUGUUUUGUGUGUAUAUAUAUAUAUCUCAUAAUGUAUAUAUAUAAUGAAAAAGUACAGUAUUUUUGAUGAAUCUUACAUUCUGCUAUUGAAAGAAAAAAUAUAUUUAAAGUGAAACAUGAAGAAUUAAAUUUACUUAAGGUACUACAGCUCUGAAAAGUAAGCUCUAGGAAAUACCAAACCCCUAAUAGUUAAAGAGAAGAAAAUAGGUUAGUGUUUUUUUUCCAGUAUUUGCUUUCUGUUAGGCAUUGAUAAGAAUUUGUAAAUACCUCAACUUUAAUAAUUUUCAAUUAAUAUUGAUUACUGCAUUUGUAGCCUUGUAAAUGGUCAAAUUCUAUAUAAUGAGAUUGAUGAGAUAAGGUAAUACAGUAACCCCCAACAAACAAAUCCAGCGUCCAAGGAAUUUUUGGUUGUUUAAUUUAGCUCAGCAAAAGCUAUUGUCAGAGUUUGCACCUUAUGGUAAAACAGCUUCUUUGAAAGUACCUUGUAAGAAAAGCAAUGUGGAGUUGUAUAAUAAAGCAGGAAAGAAACUAAGGUCCCUGAAGGACAUAAUGACAGGAAAUUUGGGGCUUGAUUUUGGUUCAUGCAAUGCCCAGGUAGAUUGAGGCUUUGCAAGACCUUAGCAUUUGCUUCAGGUUACCCAAUCUCCAGCCACUAAGACUGAAGAAGAAAAACUGUGUUCAGCCUUCCAAGACAGUUGUUGUUCUCAAUGUUCAGGCUUAAUGCAUAGGUAUAGCAACAAAAUCAAGUAGAAACAGAUUACAGCUCAUUUUGAGGAAAGAGGAUUAGCAGCAUUCUCACAGAGGGAGGAUUACACAAUAUUGUUUUAGAAUCCACAAGGACAAAACCUAAAGUACAUGACUGUUGUAUUGACCUUUCCAAACAUGUUCAGUGAGACUAGAACCAAAUGAUUAAACUGAUCAACAUGGAAAUUCCAGAGCCUAUACCAUACUUGAACUCCCAGCCUAAUGCUACCACGUAUUACACAAUUUAGUUUCUUCCUUUUAGGUCCCAGGAUGCCCAGCCAGGUUUAGAGGAUGUGUUAAGUUCCUUGGGUCAGGUUCUAGGGAACAUUCUUUGUAUUUGUAUGGAGAAGAGGAAGGCAGUAAGUAGAAAUGCCCUUUUACUACUUGGCAUGUUUUUCUAAAGUAUUUCUUCGAUAGUUUUGUACAUCCCAUAGUGGACAAUGAGGACAUGUGAAUGUAUGCCAAGUAGUAACAAGAAUGAGCUUGCCAACUCCUUCCAGUCCAAAAGAAGUCUCUGGGAAGAUUUACGCUAACAGUGAAAAGAUGCAGAGGGUCAGGAGAAAGUAGUGAUCUGUUGACUGAAACGCUGCUUCAUGCCACAUGAUGAUAUGAAUAAGUAUUUUAACAGUAAAGGAAGGGAUCUGUUGUCAGGUGGGAGAAUAGCUAUGAUUGUAGAAUUUAGCAACUGAAUUCCACACUACUAAAAUAUUUUAGUGCCAAGUUCAAGGUCUUUUAUUGCUUACACAUUGACAUUUUUGAGUCUUUGGACCUCAAUUUGUAAUAAAUAGUAAUAAAAAGAUCAACUAAGAAGAAAUAUAGCACACAAGUCAGCAUUCCAAAUUAAAACCCUGACAUUGCAGCUCAGCCAUCUGUGGGACUCUUGACACUUUUGAGACCACUCCUCAUGGAUUAAAAAGGUUCAGUGACAUCCAUUUGUUGCGGCUUUAGGGAAUGUGAUAAAGCAUGAAAAGUAGACAUCCAGGAGUGCAUGAAACCUGCUACUGUAUUUUCCAGGACUCUUCAGUCCCUAGCUAAAAGUUCUUACAUGUUUCACCAAUUGUCUUGUGGAACUGUGACUUCGAAAUCUUCAUCUACUCAGACAGGACACUGGGCUGUCUUUGGGUACUAUAAUUGUCAGUGACAAAGAUAGGAUACUUAUUAGGAUCUUUGAAAGCAUUUACUUUCCUGGUCAAAUUGUAACUAUCAUUAUGAUAUUUAUUAAUGUAGCUCACAGUCCUUCAGUUGUACAGUUUGAAAAGCUUUCUUGAAAGAUCCAACAUACUUAUGUAAAUUAUAUUUAUUGUAAUGUAUAACAUUCAUAGAUCACCUGGUGUAUUUUGCAUAAUAUAUAGCACAUAGGUGAGAGUUGUAUAUUACAAUGCUUUUUAAAUAUCAACAUCUUGAAAUGUUUAAGGCUUCAGAUUUUUUUGGUCUAAAAUAUGAAAAUCUGUCUCAUGAUACAAGUGACUGAUUUUCCUAGAGAUGCUUUUGCAUGUUUACCUUUUAUUUAGGUUUAGUUUGGCAUAGACACAAUUUGGCCAUCAUAAAAUCAAUAAUGAAUAUAAAAUAUCUUAGACUGGUUCUGUAUUGUCUAUAUUUUAUAUAUUUUACAGAAAAGUUUAUAUUUCCUUUUCAGGAAGUUUAGAAUUGUGCCACAAAUAUGUUAAGAGCUUCCAUUUCUAAAGGCAAAAGACAUAUUACAUUCAAAGUUGAUCUCCUGUGCUUUAGAAUUCUAGUGGGAUGUGCAUUAUAGAUACAGCAUUCAAAUUUAAGAAAAAACUUUAGGGAUAUGGGGAGAGCAAAAGGCAGCUGUUACAGUCACUUACUGCUGCUCAAUUCUUAAAUGUGUGCAUUGUGCUUCUUCAUAAAGUGAAAUAGUAUAUUCUUAAUUUUCUGUGAGAUGGAAUUUUUAAAGUAACACACUACCAGUAGGUUCAGAACUGCUAUUGAUUUUAAUUUUUUUUGUUCAACUGAUAACUUUAAGUCCAAGUUUUAUAGUGAAACUGUAUAUUAUUUGGCUGCUGAAUUCUGUUACUAUUUUUAUUCUGUUGUACAUUGUAUUAUUCAUCAUCACAAAUUAAUAUGAAGGUGAAUAUGUUACAUAUCAACGUUUGUGAAUUUGAAUUUUAUUAUGUUUUACUGCUUUUGCAAAAAUGUUUAUUUUUAUAUUACAAGUGACAUUCAUUUAGAUAAUUGAAUGAGAUUUCUUUGUGAUUAAUAGUGCCAUUUAAUAAGCGGUAUGGAAACAGUGUUACUUGACAUUUUGAGCUUUCUCAGGUUUAUCUAAAUUAGUGGUAGCUUAACAAAAACAUAGAGUAAUUGUGCAUAAUUAUGUUUUCAUAAAAGGAAAGCACAUUUCCUAUAAUAGCAUAGUAUUGUUUGCAUGCAGGAGUAUGCAAAGUGUGUGUGUGUGUGUGUGUCUGAGGCAUGUCAGCCAAUUUUGUAUCUGCUAUUUAUAGUAACAGCAGAGCUUCAUAAUUGUGGUCACUAGAAUUGUACUUACCUUAAAUAACUAAAGUUGUAAAUGCCUCAAUAAAACUAUGAAAUAUAA